CUCCCACUCAGGGGGUGAGGAGUAUUUGUGGGUGAAAGCGAGUAGCAGUAAGUGUCCAGUCUGGCUCAGUUCCCCAGUCCAGACAGCGCUUCGACAGCCCAGUAGAGGCCAGCAAUCUGCAGCCGACCAGGACACUUCGCUCUCUUGGGAGGUUUGAAGGAUGUUUGACUCAGUGAAGCCUUAUGGAAACCAGAAUUUCCACACCCUGAAGAGGGAGUGCCAACAGCGCAACCAGCUGUUUGAAGACCCUUUGUUCAUUGCCGAUGAUGAAUCUCUAUUCUGUACAACGGCACUGCUGUCCAAUGUCCGCUGGAAACGCCCAACUGAAAUCUGUAACAGCCCUCACCUCUUUGUGGAUGGGAUGAGUGCCCAUGACCUGAACCAGGGCCAGUUGGGUAACUGCUGGUUUGUCGCUGCUUGUUCCUGCUUAGCCUCCAGAGAUGCUUUGUGGCAGAAGGUCAUCCCGGACUGGAAAGAACAGGAAUGGGCAGUGGACAGACCGAACAACUACGCCGGAAUUUUCCACUUCCGCUUCUGGCGUUUUGGAGAGUGGGUCGAUGUCGUGGUCGAUGACCGACUGCCUACAGUCAAUGGCCAGCUGAUCUACUGUCACUCCAAUUCCAAGAAUGAGUUCUGGAGUGCACUGGUGGAGAAAGCUUACGCCAAGCUGGCCGGCUGCUAUGAAUCUCUGGAUGGCGGGAACACUGCAGAUGCUCUGGUGGAUUUCACCGGCGGUGUCUCGGAGCCGAUCGACCUGGUCCAGGGGAACUUCAGCACCCUGGAGGAUCAGAGACUGCAACUGUUUGAGAAGCUCCUGAAGGUGUUCAGCCGUGACGGCCUCAUCAGCAGCUCGAUCAGGGUCUCAUCAGCUGCCGAGAUGGAAACCCGCCUGAGCACUGGCCUGGUGAAAGGCCACGCCUACGCCGUGACUGAUGUCCGGAAAGUACGCCUGGGCCACGGCCUCCUGGCCUUCUUCAAGGCAGAAAAGCUCUUCAUGAUCAGGAUGAGGAAUCCCUGGGGUCAAAAGGAAUGGAACGGGGCGUGGAGUGACAGCUCUCAAGAGUGGCAGAAGGUCAGCAAGGGAGAGCGUGAAGCAAUGGGUGUCACCGUGCGGGAUGACGGAGAGUUCUGGAUGUCGUUUGAUGAUUUCUGUGUGAACUUCACAGACCUUGUUGUCUGCCGUAUCAUCAACACCUCCUUCUUCAGCUUCUACAAGACCUGGGAGGAGGCCAUGGUAAAGGGCUCAUGGACCAGGCACGAGGACCCCCUGAAAAACCGUGCUGGAGGCUGCAUCAAUAACCGCGACACCUUCCUGCAGAAUCCACAAUACAUGUUCGAUGUCAAAAAGGAAACGGAUGAAGUAUUGAUCUGCCUCCAACAGAAAGAUGUUCGUUAUAAUCGAAAGCAGGGCAGAGGGGAGAAACUGUCGAUGGGGUUUGAGGUCUACAAGGUGGAGUUGAACCGUAACUACAGGAUGCACACCAUUCAGCAGAAAGUGGCCGGCUCAGUCUACAUCAACUCCAAGACCAUCUUCCUGCGGGAGGUGCUCCCUCAGGGACGCUAUGUCAUCAUCCCCACCACCUUUGAGCCGGGCAUACAGGGCGAGUUCUUACUGAGGAUCUUCACCGAUGUGCCAUCCAACUUCAGGGAGCUCACCCUCAACGAGCCACCAAGGACCUGCUGGUCUGGGCUAUGCGGGCACCCCAAGAUGGUGACUCAAGUUCACGUUGUUGCUGCCAGUGGAUUGGCCAAACAGGACGGUGAGACAGGAGCUGACCCAUAUGUCAUUAUCCGGUGCGGAAGAGAGAAGGUCCGGUCGCCCAUCCACAAGAACACGGUGAAUCCGGAAUUUGACAUCAAGGGAAUCUUCUACAGGAAAGAUCCUAAGGACCCCAUCCGCAUUGAGAUCUGGAAUAACAAUGUCCUGAGUGACCAGUUCCUUGGUCAAGUGACUUUGACGGCUGACCCCAGUGACCUCCAGCCACAGCACACCCUUCACCUGAAGGACAAGAGUAACCGGCAGGGCAGUGAACUUCCUGGGACCAUCAGCUUGAAGAUCAGCAGCAGCCAUGAGCUGGCCGGUAUCUAAACUCUACAGAGAAGCACUUGUCGCCAUCGGAAACAUGGAACAAUCGAUCGAAUCAGGGUUCAACCGGGUCCUCCAGGAUCCACGGAUAAGAAAUUUUAGAAAUGGGAAAAGGCUUCUGGCCUGUCCCUCAAACCGAUGCCUUAAGCCCUAUCCCUUAUGGAGUCUCCUGUACUUGUUUCUUGAUGCUAGGACCCUUUGGGAGUGUGGGGGUGGGGUACAUGAGGCUGCCCCAGUAGGUUUCUCUCUUGUAAGUUUCCGCAUGAAGUCACUUCUCGCUUAGUAACCCCCCCGCCCCCACUAUGCUCAAAGGUCACUGCUUAGACUGUGCACCCCAACGUUGCUCUGCUCAAUGGACACCCAUUCCCAAAGACCCAGCCUGCUUGCUCAUUGGCUGGCCUUAACCAACACUGAGACUGGAAGGGGAAACUGGAGCUCCACUCUGUGCCAGUCACAGCCAGGGAAUGAUUAGGGGAUCCCAUGAUCAGUUUCAACCCCAACAUAUACACUACCAACCCUUUCCCAUCGCCCCACUCCCAACACAUCCCUCCCUCUGCCAAAAGGAAGGGGCAAGUAGGAAGAAGACUGUUCCUAUAGUAAUUGUUGUGACUGCUGUAAAGUUUGGCAUUCUUGUAUUUAAUUCUGAUAAACAUAAACAGCUGACCACCAUCAAUUUCCAAUCUCUCUCUCUCCCCCCUAGUGGACCCUUCAUAUCUUGACUCCCUUUCUUGGAGUCAGGAUAAUGCUCAGUUCCUACUCUUUGCUGUCGUUCAGCACCACUAUCCUCUGAGUAACAAGUAGUUUUCUAAUCUAGAAAUUAUCACUGACCAGAGAUUUGCAUUGAUGACUAGGUCAUCAGGGGAGAAGAACAUUAACAUUUUUACCAAUUAUUCAUCCUCGUGCAAUACUAAUCUCUGUCACAUUGUUAAGAGACAAAUUGGUAAAGCUUUUCAUUUCACUCUCAUCAGGACAAGUGCAAGAAUGACAAAUUUCAAACGAGCACAACAAUUUGUAACACAGAAGAAAAGGAUGCUGGGAAAGUCUGCUUUGUGGACGCUGACUCACCAAUUAAAAAGAGCUGACCUGCCAAUCAAUCAGCACCCUCUUUCCCUGCAGUAUAAAUUGUCGUGUCAUUUCAAAAUUUGGCAUUCUUGCAUUUAUCCAGAUGAGUACUUGUCUCCCUUCAGCAAUAUUCAAAUUCUGUGACAGCCAAUCAUUACACUCCCUUUCCGAGCACCAUCAGCUCUUUCUUUUCAUUUCACCUCGGAGUUUCAGGACACUACAUGAUGCAUUUCCUUGCACCAAUUCCUAUUGCCCUCCCUCCCUUCCUCCCUCCCAGAUUCCCAAUGGCACUCCUCCUGUCCCUUUGGACCUUUAUAAACUCUACUUGCUGCUGACCCUUCCACUAAAUGAUGAUUGGUUCCCGUUUGGGAAUCUUGGCAGUGUCUUGUGUCAGUACCUUGACUCUCACACUCCCACCUGACCCCAUGUCAGCAACUCCAGGGGUAGGACUGUCUGUUGGGGCCAGUAGUUGACAGGGAAGCCAUUUUGUGAUCCACAGGCCUUCUCUGAUGAUGCACACUUUGAGCGCGAUUUUUGCCAUAGCGUUUUUUAAAUCUGUUGUAUGAAAGAAAUAGCUUAGGAUUCUUUUUAUCAAAAAUUGCUUUUUUUUUGUACCUUUUUUGUUAAAAAUGCUUUCGUUUUACUAGCAUGAAGGAUUUUUUUGUGCCAAUUUAGGAAUGAAGGAAUGUCCUUGUUGAUGGGCUUGUGUCCAUAGCAACAUUCUAGUUGACAAUGGUAAAAUGGUUUGGUGUAAUGGGUGUGUAUACAUGGGGGUAUGUCCCAAAUAACUGUUCAAAACUUGGGCAUCUUGUGAACUUGAGAUCCUGUGCACAGACUCCUCUUCCAUCCCCAGAGGAAGUCACUGGAUUACUUAUGAACCGUCCCUGAGAGUAAUCGGAGCCUUGGCUCCGUGCUCCCAGUCCGAGUGACUGGUCAAAGCCUCACGCCGAGUCUGACCUAACAGAAUGACGAUUGGCCAACCCCUGUCACUCCCGACCAGCGGCCAUUACCAGAAAGUGCUUCCGAGGGGAACAGAGGAGAGUCUGCAGAUGCAUUCUGUUUUUAACAGGGGAGUGGGGAGUCUUAGUGUGGGAGGGGAGGGGAACUGGUGUGUUGGUGUGACACUGAUACAGUCCAAAGCAAGUCCUGAGCAACUGUGAAGAGUUGUCACUGUUGUGGAUGUUAGGACAAGGUGCCCAUUACAGUUAGGCUCUUGGGUGAUCUUCGCACUUGUAGCUGUCAUCGUAGUAAGAACCACAAGGAAAGUCAGAAACAUUCAUGAAAAGGAAGUAAACACCGCGCUUCGAGACCGUUAGAUGUGGAGCUACUAAUCUUGAUGAUUAAGAUCUUUUCGUCACAUAUUUUUAGUGUCAAAAUGAUGGUGAAUGGUAAUAAAUUGUUUUAAUUCAGGCACCUUUGAGUUUUCCAGCUGAUCUUUCUUUCUGCGUUGGCUGCCCCAAGCAGUGAGCAACACAGUGUACUUCCUCGUGUAUUUCCACUGACAACAUCUAGCCUUCACGGUUGCUAGCUCAGGUUGCUACGGCAAUGGGCAUGGGCGGCACGGUGGCUCAGUGGUUAGCACUGCUGCCUCAUGGCGCCAGGGACCCAGGUUCGAUUUUUCCCUUGGGUGACUGAACAUGUGGAGUUUGCACAUUCUCCCUGUGUCUACAAGGGUUUCCUCUGGGUGCUCCAGUUUACUCCCAUAGAUGUGCAGGUUAGGGUGAAUUGGCCAUGCAAGAUUGCCCAUAGUGUCCAGGGAUAUGUAGAUUAGGGACAUUAGUCAGGUGUAAAUGUCGAGUAAUAGAGUAGAGGAAUGGGUCUGGGUGGGUUACCCUUUGGACGGUCAACGUGCACUUGGGCCGAAUGGCCUGUUUCCACACAUAUAGUUUCGAUGAUUCUAACACGCCAGCAUGGCCUGUCAGGCCACACUGUGAACUUUCAUAACCGACUCCAGUGGGGCUCAGAGCCAGACCUUCUAUCUCAAGAGACAGGGACAAUACUCACUACAAUGCUGGAAGCCCACCUGUAGUCCAGCACUUCAUGAAUGUAGGUCAGGCUUGAGUUUGCUGUAAGCCGGGCCCUACACAGAGGCUUCCCCUGUGGGUUAGGAGAGCGCAAAGAGGAGGGGUUAGGUAUAGACUCUCGAGAUGUGAUCUGGACUGCACGGUGGCAACUCACUAUCACCUUCUCAAACACAGUGAGAGAUAGACAAUAAAUGCUGGCCCAGCCAACAAUGCCAAUGUCCCACAAGUGAAUAAACAAAUGAUCUGUUUCUCAACUUCCCCUUAAUCCCUUCAGUUCCACAUCUCUGGUUGAAACAGAGAGAAUAGGAGCAGGACUAGGCCAUUCGACCUUUCGAGCCUGCUGUCCCAUUCAAUAUGAUCAUGGCUGAUCAACCAGCUCAAACCCCUGUUCCCACUUUCUCCCCUCAACUCCUUGAGCCUUUUAGUCCUAGGAACUAUAUCUAACUUCUUCUUGAAAACAUUCAAUGUCUUGGCCUCAACCACUUUCUGUGGCAGAGAAUUCCCAGGCUCCCCAUUCUCUGGGUGAAGACUUUUCUCCUCAUCUCCUCGCCCACAUCCUGAUGCUGUGACCCUCUGGUCAAUGGUAACAUCCUUCCUGUGUUUCCCCGCCUAGAAUUUGAAAUUGACUUGUCAUUCUCGAAGGAAAGAAGUCCUACCUGGUUCAGUUGAGUCUGCUUCGGGACCUUGUGUAAGGUUAAUUCGAAGAACUAGGAGCAGGAGGAGGCCAUUCAGCCCCUCGAGCUUGCUCUGCCAUUUACAUGACCAUGGCUGAUCUCAUCUCGGCCUCAACUCCAUCUUCCUGCCUAUUCUUGAUAACCCUUUAACCCUUCACUAAUUAAAAACCCCUCUAUCUCAUCCUUAAAUUUACUCAGUGAUUCAGCAUCCACCAUACUCUGGGCUAAUGACUUCCCACAGAUUCGUGACCCUUUGAGUGAAGUAAUUUCUCCUCAUCUCUGUCUUAAAUAUCCUAACACUAUGACAUCUCAUUCCAGCUGCUCGACAUGAGGAAACGCCCUCUCCAUGUCUAUUUAGUGUCAAAUUAAAUCUCCUCCAAUUAGAUCUUCACUCUUCUUUUUGAAAUGGUGUACAUCGCAAACAACUCAAUGGGACGCCAAAUUGCCAGAAGGUUGUUAUGAAAGCAAGGAGUGCUGGAGAAACUCAGCAGGUCUGGCAGCACCUGUGUGGACAGAAACAGUCAAUGUUUUAGAUCCAGUGACCUUUCUUCAGAAUUGAUAGUAGCCUGGUAAAGGUGGUACCUAUGUUGAAGAUGGAGUGGGGAGGAGCGAGUUAUGAGACAAAAUGGAACCCAGUGAGACAGAGAAUGACAGUUGGGCAGAUAAAUGGAUGGAUGAUAGUAUGGCAGGGAGAAAGAAAAGAUGACAAUGGAAGAGCAUAAAAGUUGUGUUCUCUCUCUCUCUCUCUCUCUUUGGACUCCAUCUCCGCUCAUCGUCUCAAUCCUCCCACCCCUUGUUUUCAGCAUACAUACCACUUUUUCUGAGCUACUAUCAAUUCUGCUGAGAGGUCACUGGACUUGAAAUGUUAACUCUGCUUUCUCUCUCCACUGUUACGGCCAGACCUGCUGAGUUUCUGCAGCAAUUUCCGUUUUCAUUUCAUAUCUCCAGCUUCCUCAUGGUUCCUUGUUUUUGAGCCUUGUGCCAGGUGGCCCACUGAAGGCCAACUGUGUCACUGACACCCAUGUCUCGUGAAAGAUGUGGCUUUUCUGCCUGACCUUUGGCUUGCUGACAAUUCCUCACCUGGUGAAUUGAGAUGGGAGUGCCAGGCAGUAACCCAGCAGCAGAGGGAGUCCUUGCAGGAGGUCACUGGAAGCCACAUCCAUUAGCUGAUGUUGAAAUGGGUCGAAGGUGAAUCCCAUAGGGUUUAGAAUAAUCUCUUGGUUUCUUAGUAAGGUGCAUAAUUUAAAAAACGGAAAUUUGAAUUGAAAAGAAAUGAAAAAUUCUCAGUGUCCAUUUGCAAUUCCAGUGCUGUAUAUACGACUGUCUACAUUAUGUUCAUGAAGGAAAAUACCAUUAUAUAGUUGGAAAUGAAUGCCAUGGUCAUGCUGGAGGAUUGUUUUAAGUAUACAGUUGGACCAGUGUGCACCAUUUGCAACUUUUACUGGUUUUUCCAACUGGUAACUGUCCAUUUGUUAAUGUUCCAUGAGCAAAUUGAAUUCUCAGCCAAGUGCAAGGGAUCUGUCAGUUUGGAAACACCUUUCUGAUUGGCCAAGCAUGACCCUAUUGGUGUGGGUGUCACAGUGAUUUGGGUUGCAGUCUAUCUUCAGGAUGAUAGGAUCAGCCAUGUUCUCAUUGAAUGGCGGAGCAGACUGGAUGGGCUGAAAAGCCUACUUCUUCUAUGUCUAAUGAUCUUGGACCACUGAUUGAUCAAUCACAGCAUGUGUCACUUGGGACCAGUCAUGUUUUAAAAUGUUGAGGAAUGGAUAUAUGAAGACUGUUCAGUUUUCUGGCCCAUACAAAGCCAGAUAUUCUCACUUAUUCUCCCUCCUUUUUAUACUAUUGAUCAGGAGGCAGGAUCAGGAUUCUCCACAAACCCUCUUACAGGCCCACGACAUUAUCACUGCUUAGCCUAUCUGUCCUCAGAAAGGGCCUUCUCUCAUCGAUAUGAUUGCUGCAUGUUAUGACACAUUGUGGCAGGUGGGAUUUGAACCCAGGUCUCUUGGCCUAAAGCUAGGGAUACUACCAUUGUUUGUUGAAAAUGUGUUGCUGGUUAAAGCACAGCAGG